AUGCAAUUGCUAGAGAUGUGGACGACAGCGCGACUCGGGGCAUUAGGUGUUGACGGUGUGUUUGCACCUUAUAUUGUGGGUAUGUUGCCGUCUCAUGGUGGUGAUGAUGACAACGUGGAGGACGCCAAGUUCAACAUCCAUCAGGUGCUUAUGGGCUGGCUCGCCCCGGAAGACGAGGAGCGUGCACAGGAGUUUGUAGAUGAGCUUGUCAAGCUUGCAGACAACCCGACGGAGCUUACGAACGCGGCAAUGGCGUUAGCGAUACAGAGCAAUGAGGACAAGCAGAUUGAGGACGAUAUCAAUCGGAUACUGGAGUACGAGGAAGAGCUGAAAGCUUCGGCUCCUACUUUUGUACCUCGGAAGUUUCUGUCACCGAUUGUGGCGGAUUUCCACCCGACGGCGAGUCCAGAGAUUGGGUUUCGUGAAGAAGCGCAGUCAGCUUUAUCUCCUCGUCCUUUGAAAAUUCAUUUGCACAACAAUGAGGGUUAUGGAGAAAAGGACGAGAAGGUGAAUUCUGGAGAAGAUGAGCAAAGUGAAGAAAAAGAGGACGGGGCGGUGAUGCAGAACGAAGACAGCUUCUUCUGGUCCGUGGCCUACGAGUUGGUGAACCAUUUGCAACUCAAGUUCCCGGACAUCGAUCCGAACCGACUGUGCGACCUCCUGCGGCUUCUAGGACUGGAUGUCGAUAGGGCACAUGCCGUGCUGAAGGCGACGAUCGAGCGCGAGUCGGUUGGUCCCGGCCAAGUGUGCCGCCACUACUUGCAGGGCGAGUGUCGUCGCGCAGACUGCAUGUUUCUGCACGAUACGAACAAGAUCACGUGCCGCUUCUGGCUGCGUGGUACGUGCUUGCAAGCGCAGCAUUGCGUUUUCGCACACGAUUUCUGUGAAUACUACUCGAUGGACGAUAACAUGCUCGGCCAGCGUGAUUACGACAGCGAAGACGAAAUGGGUCAGAACGGCGCGCCUCUGGAUAUCCAAGCCGAGGACAUGUUCCCGUCACUUCAGAGCGCCUCAAAAGUGUCUUUUACUUCACCGCCAGUACUGUACGGAAGGGAUAAUACUUCGCCGACAGAAGUUACUACUAACACGUAUCCGUCGACGGAUGAUGUAGUAGCGAAUCUCACCAUGAAUUUCGCUCGCGCUGUAGCACUACAGCCAACAUCUGCAGCGCUUAAGUAUUCUUCUUCCAGUAAUGGUAGAUAUGGAACGGGCCUGUCGCGACGAAUGCCACCGCCACCUCCUGCGUAUCGCACGCUAUAUCACAAAGCAGGGAGCAGUACUGAGUGGGUUUCCACGGGUCAGGCGGUGGCGACGCAGUAUCUGGAGCUGCGUGAGCAGGCCUAUGAAAUGGCUUGCGCGCGCAAUAAGUGUUUCAUGGGUGCUACUCAGGCAUAUCGAAAUGGCAACAAAGCGCUGGCUAAAGAACUGUCAAAACAAGGGCACGAAUACAACGCCAAGAUGAAACACUUCCACUUUCUAGCAGCGUCCGAUAUUUUUGAGUCGCGUAAUCCGCCCAACCAACUGUACAUGGACCGAAUGAUGGAUCUACACGGACUGCACGUCGCUGAAGCUGUCGAGUUUCUCAUACAAAUGUUGCCAAAGCUCGCAGACGAAGGCGUGGAUGAAAUUUACGUGGUUACAGGCUCAGGGCAUCAUUCGAAGGGCCCUCACGGCAAUGCGCGUCUACUGCCGGCAGUUGAGCGUUUUCUGGCUGCCGAGGGUUAUCAGUUUACACCUGUAGCGGAUGGCGCAGGCUUUGUGGGAAUGUUGCUCGUAGACUUGCGGUGGUGA